AUGAGUAUGGAAGGCCUCUGGCCAUGGGCCCUGACUCUGGUCUGUCUGCCUGGCUUCAUCCUAGGAGCGCCCUCAGCCUCUCACUGCGUUGGAGCCCGUGGGACCAGAUUCUCAGAAGACCUCACCCCUGAGGAGACCCAGACAUCUUGGGACAAGGACAUCCCUGCAAUAAACCAGGGGCUGAUUCCAAAGGAGUCCCCAGAGAGCAGCUUCCUCCUUGAGGGGGACAUCCUCCGGCCGAGUCCCUUCCGGCUGUUCUCGGCGACCAGCAGCAAGUGGCCCAAGAACGGCGGUGUCGUGGAGGUCCCCUUCCUGCUCUCCAGCAAGUACGAUAAGCCCAGCCGCCGAGUCAUCCUGGAGGCAUUUGCUGAGUUUGAACGCUUCACGUGCAUCAGGUUUGUUGCCUACGAUGGCCAGAGGGACUUCAUUUCCAUCGUCCCCAUGACUGGGUGCUUCUCGAGCAUUGGCCGCAGUGGAGGGAUGCAGGUGGUGUCUCUAGGGCCCAGCUGUCUCCAGAGGGGCCCGGGCAUCGUCCUGCACGAGCUUAUGCACGUGCUGGGCUUCUGGCAUGAGCACUCGCGGGCCGACCGGGACCGCUACAUCCGCGUGAACUGGAAUGAGAUCCUCCCAGGGUUUGAAAUGAACUUCAUCAAAUCUCGGAGCAGCAACAUGCUGGUGCCCUAUGACUAUUCUUCGGUGAUGCACUAUGGGAGGCUUGCCUUCAGCCGGCGCGGGCUGCCCACCAUCACUCCACUCUGGGCCCCCAGCGUCCCCAUUGGCCAGCGAUGGAACCUAAGCAACUCGGACAUUGCACGGGUCCGCAGGUUUUAUGACUGCAGCCCAGGUGGCCGCGAGCCCAGUGGGAGAGGGCUCCAGACCCCUGGGAGUGGUAGGAGCCCCACCCCGGGCUCUAGGUCACUGCUGCAGCAGCUUCUGAAGGCGUUGUUGGAGGAAUCCAGCAGAUCUGACCCCAGAGGCUUUGGGGCGGAAGACCAACAUGCCGCUGCCAGGUCUGAAGAGAGCCUUCGUGCAUGGAAGCCCCCGACCCUGAGGAAUUCUGAAGUGAAGGCCUCUGCCGACCCUGCCCCGUCAGCCCCCAGCUUCCUCCCUGAGGCCAAGGAACUUGGCCUCUACUCAGACCCCGCCCCCCAGACCUGGCCCGAGGAGGCCCUGGAAGGUACUGCGGACGGAGCAGGGAUGUCGGCUCUGAUGAAAGAGGUGGAACAACAGGCCAGCAGACCCCACUGUGGGAUAGCCCCUGGGUGUGAAGGUGGCACCAAGGGAGGAGAGGUGGUGAUGGGCGACAUCCUCUUCCUGCUGGUCAGGAGGUCGGAGUUUGCAACUGCCCGAAACCGCCUGCCCCUCUCAACCCCCUUCCCCCGCCUGAGUCUCAGGUGUUGCCGAGACUUGAUUUCAAGCCGCGCUUGCUCUCCUCCCUACUCCGGCCGCGGCGUGCUGCCUGCAGGCGCCGCUCCGGGUUACGGGAGCUCCGGGAGCGGGUCUGCCUCCGCGCCUCCUCCAAACCGGCUGCGCACCCCCUGCCCGGCCGGCCGGGCCCCGCGCCCCAGCGUGAGUCCAGCAGCCUCCCCGCGUCAGGGUGCAACUUUCCCCUGGUUCCCGGCGGGGCGGGGACCUCAGAGGGACAACUUGGUAAACUUCUCUGGGGCGGACGGCAGGGGCGACGGGCGCAGGUACACCAGGAUGUAG